AUGCCCCCCCCCCCUUCCCAUGGGCCAGAUGCGAGUACUCUUACUAGCCAGACAGGGUUGGAUUGGCAGGAGUUUACCCAGUCCAUGUGGGGGCCGCUGAAAUAAUCUGUCAUGCCCUGGAGCCCGGACAUCCCUCCCGCUGAAAUCCGCCGUACCCAGGCCGCUGACAGACCAGUAACCUAACCCAUUAUUACAGGCUCCCGGCAGACUGUCAGCGCACUGAUUAUUGUAGUGUGACAGCUGCCGUCCCCACCUCCCCAGCGCAAGCUGCUCUGUUCGGCGCACUGUGGUGCGCUGGUGUAACUCUCCUGGCCGGGUCGCAAUCGAGGUGCCCACAGCCAGCGCUAAUGAGUCCGGCUGACUCAUUGUGGUACGCCGCUGCCCGGCCGGCUGUGGGCCUUAACAAACAAGUAAGACGGUGGCCCAGCCUGAAGAGAGGAGUGAGUCCCCUCCUCUCAAAACCACAUUGCUGCGACUGCGAGCGGCGCCGGCGAGAGCUGUUGGUGUCACCGCCGGGCAGUACGGUACAGUCUGUCCUGGGAGCAGAUCAUGGCGGACAGAGGAGGAGGGGUCCUCCUCGGUGGGUCAGUAGGCCUGUCCGGGAAUGGAGGAAAUACAGCCUUGUGCAUCAGUCGGGGUAUGGACUCUGCAUCCAGUCUGUCCGGGGCCGGAGUACUGGUGACAUCGGAAGGGCCUGGCUCUCCUCCUGUGCCUAUGAACCUAUUUGCUACAUGGGAAGUGGACAGAUGUUCUCCCAGUUGUGUACCAAGGCUCUGCAGUCUGACCCUCAAGAGACUUCUGGUGCUGAGAGAAUUAGACAGAGAUCUGAACUCUGUGGUUAUUGCGGUGAAGCUGCAGGGAUCCAAGAGAGUUCUCCGGUCCAAUGAGUAUCACUUGCCUCCGAGUGGAGUGAUGGAGACAGAGCUGGAGUUGACAUUUUCUCUCCAGUAUCCUCACUUUUUAAAGCGAGAUGCAAACAACCUGCAAAUCAUGUUACAGAGACGGAAACGAUACAAGAACCGAACCAUCUUGGGCUACAAGUCCUUGGCCAUUGGAGUCAUUAACAUGGCGGAGGUGAUGCAGCGUCCUACUGAGGGCAUGAAGGUGCUGGAUCUACAUAGUAAUAGGAAAGAUCCUGCUAUACGAGUGGCCGAAAUCAGCAUUCUCUCCCUUUCCAGCCAGCCCAUCGAUCAUGAGGAGGUCCAUGCAGCGACACGGCCGAAGAUCAAAGGCCUGGACGCUGACCACUACUGGGAGGAAGAAGAUGAUGAUUAUAGCUAUUCCUCAGAGCCAGAGGGCAGUGAUGAAGGUCAGGGCCAGGAUGUAGACGAUGAAGAGGAUGAGAUUAGGAGACCGAAGAAGCUCGGCAGGAAGUUGAUUCGCAGCACAUCACUCAGCCGGCAGCCAAAUUUUAAACAGAAGUUUGUAUCAUUAUUGAAGAGGUUUAAAGUAAACGAAGAUCCUCUAGAUGCAGAGCGCACAAGUCGGGAACAGGAGGAAGAUGAGGAACUGGGACUCCUGUAUGAUAGCCUGGAUGAGUGCAAUAACAGUGAGAGUGGAUUUGACAUAGAGGACGAUGACAGCGUCAUGAGCACCCCAAAGCCCACACUGAGGAGAUACUUUGAGGGUGUUUCCAAUUCUGGGUCUCAGACUGAGAUCGGCAGCAUCAACAGCCAGAAGGGAACAGACAAAAACGCUCUCACCCCGGGCAAAGAUGAUCAGAAAGUUAUCCAUGGUGGUCGGGCGGAGGAUACUGACAACCGCCUCGCUGAUGAGAGCAGCGACCCUGCCCCUGUGGUAGCCGUGGCUACAGAUCUAGGUUCCUGGGAAGCCACAGAGCGAGUACCACGUCUGGGCAUGAUCGCCAGAGCGGAGUCACAGAUCAUCAUGUCCCCCAGGCAGGAUAACAGACUGACUCGUGGUCCUCGCAGCGUCUCUAUGAGAGAUCGUCAGACUUCCCGAUUGCCAAGUGACCGAGGAAGCAGCCUGGAAAGCGAAUUCUCCCCGGACUCCAGGCUCUGCAGUCAGGUCCCCCAAAAGUCUGUAUUUGAUGAGCUCAAUGAGAUUCUGGGAGCAGAGCAGCAGCUUCCAGAGAGUGUGAUCCUAGUUAACACUUCGGACUGGCAUGGACAGUAUCUUAGAGAACAGUUAUCAGGGAAACUCCUGACCAUCGCCACAUCCUCCUCUGCUGAUGUGCAGGCGGCAUUCAGCGGUAUUAUCACCCGCAUACAGCGAUACUGUAACUGUAACUCGCUGAUGCCUCCUCCAGUGAAAGUCCUAAUUGCUGGAGACCAGAGUUAUUUUAGUGUGAUCCUCUGGUUCUUUGUGGAACAGCUGGCUGGCAAAACUCCAGAUUGGUUGAACUACCUGCGCUUCCUCAUACUUCCACUGGGUCCUCAUCCUGUGGCAAAGUACCUGGCAUCGGUAGAUAGUAAAUACAACUCCUUAUUUAUGGACACAGCAUGGAAAGACGUGUUCAGUCAGGGAGAGCCUCCUAAUUCAGAUCGGCUUGAUGUGGCAGGGAGAGUGACUCAGUACAUCGCCGGGGCUUCAGUUUUGCAUCAGCUCUUUAUCUCAGAGGCAAUGCUGACAUAUAGACAGAGAAGCGCUGAUGAGGAUUCUUGCCAGAAGUUUGUUCCGUUUAUUGGGGUUGUAAAGGUCGGGAUUGUAGAACAGCCACUAGCAGCCUCCGUGGACUCUGAUGAAGCAUCUGUCUGUAGUCCAUCCCUCCUGAGCUCCUCCUCGUCCCCCGGAGUGAACACAUCCAAGGAGCCCACCUGUACUCCUCCACCAUCCCCCUCAGUCAGCAGCGGCCUAUCCAAUGCUGGGACUUUGCCGUCAGGGGUUGAAGUGAUGGGGCUGCAGGUAGAUUACUGGCAGUGGUCGGAGCGCAGGAAGGAUGGGGAUCGGAGAGACACCGCCACUAAGAACACAAUGAGGAGCAACUUCCGUUCCCUGCAGGUCAGCCGCCUGCCACCCCCCGGAGAGAACAACCUGCCCCUGUGUAUGACUAUGACUAUAGUCACUCAGGAGAAAAACAAGAAAGUCAUGUUCCUCACUAAGAAGCCCAAAGAGAAGGAACCCGAGUCUCGCAGUCAGGUGAUCGAGGGAAUCAGUCGUCUGAUAUGCACCGCCAAGAACCAGAACACCAUGCUGAGAGUCACCAUAGAUGGCGUGGAGUGGAACGACGUCAAGUUCUUCCAGCUGGCGGCACAAUGGCCGACUCACGUCAAGCAGUUCCCUGUGGGCAUCUUUGGUCAUGUGAAGAUGUGAUGUCACUGUGAUGUCAUCGUUAGAUUAACACUUUCUGUAAAUGGAUCACUCUGUAUUUCCCUUUCUGAGUCAGUGAAGUCAGGUAGAUCAUUCACUUUCCCUACAAGAUCCUUUGUGUCAGUGUGGUGUGCCUGCCAUUGUCCACCUUCCUUCUAAAGCAAUAGGGAAGGCAGUGUGCAUAAAUUGGGAUGAGUGUACCUCAUUAUUAUCAGCAAUAGCAGUUCUCAUGAAAAGUGUUACAUUUAAAUAAAUGCAAUUGGAGUA